GCACCCAUGCGAUAGAGAGAGAGUCUAGGCAAUAGUGUCGCGUUUUUCAGGAUUUCAAUGCUCGCGUAACCCUAGAUCUUCCCUGUUGAUAUUGCAUCUCCAGGUUCGUGUUGAAUUGUAGACAUGGCCACAGGGGCUGCACGCCGUGGCGGUUCCCGCCUGGCCAAACAGUUUGCGGACAAAUUGACGCUCUCUUCGUCGGUAGGCGUGCAGAAUGGGGGCGCAAUGGGAUCACCAUGGGGGAUGCAAGGUUUGGGAGCCACCAACGAAGUGGCGCCUUUCGGAGCGAGGGCUGCGUCCAACCAGGCGGUUCGUAAUCGGAUGCGCUCUGUGAAGAACAUUCAGAAGAUCACCAUGGCUAUGAAGAUGGUUGCCGCGUCCAAGCUGAGGACCGUGCAGGUGAAGGCGGAGAAUUCACGAGGAUUGUUCCAACCAUUCACUGCGCUGCUGGGAGACGCACCUGCGAUUAUGGGCAACAAGACGCUUGUGGUGACCUUGUCCACUGACAAGGGUUUGUGCGGGGGUAUCAACUCUACUGUGGUGAAGUACUCGCGGUCGCUGUUGAAGUUGAAUCAAUUGAAUGGGGAGGGUCAAGACACGAAGUUUGUGAUUGUGGGAGACAAGGGGAAAGCACAGUUGCAGCGGGAGUACAAGAAGCAUAUCAGCACUUACAUCACCGAAACUCAAAAGGUAUCGAUCAAUUUCACGCAGUGCGCCAUGAUCGCUGACGAAAUCAUCAAGUCCAGCGAAUAUGAUGUCAUCAAAGUGGUAUACAAUAAGUUCAAUUCUGCUGUCUCUUUUCUACCCACCGUGGCGACGUUGCUCUCCCCGGAGAUGUUGGCUGGGGAAGAAGCCCAGAAGAUCGGUGACCUAGAGUCUUACGAGACGGAGGGAGCCGAAACUCAAGGAGAAGUUCUCCAGAACCUUGCCGAAUUCCAGUUGGCAUCAGUGCUUUACAAUGCCAUGCUUGAGAAUGCUACUAGUGAGAUGGGAGCACGUAUGUCUGCUAUGGACAGCUCUACCCGUAAUGCUGGUGAGGUGCUUGAUCGUUUAACUCUGAGUUACAACAGGUCCCGUCAAGCGUCCAUCACUACAGAGCUUAUUGAGAUCAUUUCUGGUGCCGCUGCAUUGGAGGGUUAGUGUUGUUCCGGAUUUUCAUUCAAAGCGUUCAAGUUCUUUUCCAAGUUCGAUUGUGGCCGGCUAGAGUAUCAGGUUUUCCUCCUGAUUAUUUAGUUUUUAGGUCUUCAAGUCGCGGCAGCAGUUCGGGAGGUUUCCUAGACGCUCGUUCUUGGGAUUAUGAAUAUCUGCUGUUGGAACUCCAAUUCCUGAGUAGGGUUCAGAUGUUCUCCUGGCAUUAGGAUCUGGGUGUAGCUUUUUGUCUUGGUUGUUGAAGGAAAUGAGCCAAAGUGGACUUCAUAAGGGAGAGGCAACCCAGGGUUAAUGUGGAGGGCCAGACAUUUGCUGUGAGCUUAUGGCCCUUAGGCCUUUUGUAGCUUCACAUCACUAUUUGAAUGGUGUGAAUGGGUACUUCAUGCAGUAGUUGUAUCCAUGCGUUUAAGCAUGUCUGGACAUUGAAGAAAUAAGAUCAUUUGAAUUUCAUGUUACUGAA